AUGCCCAUCCCAAUUAUCGUCAAGGGCAUCGCAGAUGGCCUUGAUUCAAUUCCAUGGAUCUGGCCGGUCUUUCGCUAUGCGCCAUGGGUUCUCCUCAUUGUCGUGCUGAAGUACUACUUCGGCGGAGCCCGCAACAUCUCCGAAAGAUUGAUGCAUUCAAAAGUAGUAAUGGUGACGGGCGGUACAUCAGGAAUUGGCGCAAGUGUAGUCCAUGAACUCGCCCUCCGCGGCGCCCAAGUUAUCCUCCUAACGAGACAACCGCCCUCCGACCUCUUCCUUGUCGAAUACAUCGACGACCUCCGCCGCACGACAAAAAACAACCUCAUCUACGCUGAACAAGUCGACCUCACAUCCUUGCACUCCGUCCGCACUUUCGCCACGAAAUGGAUCGACAAUGCCCCUCCCCGCCGCCUUGACGCCGUCAUUCUUUGCGGCGGCAUCGCUCUCCCGUCUAGCGCUAGAACUCUGACUCCCGACGGUAUCGACGCCGAAUGGCAAGUCAAUUACCUCUCCAACUUCCACCUUCUCAGUAUUCUCAGCCCGGCGCUCCGCGUGCAGCCUGCCCAUCGCGACGUGCGGGUAAUUUUCACCACAUCGUCAGGGUACAUUGGAGCGAAAUUCGAUCUUGAUACCGUGCGGGGCGUGAACUCGAAAACGAAGAACGACUCAGCGCAGAGAAAGAAUGUUUACGCGAUGAGCAAAUUCGCGCUCAUGACCUUCGCUCAGUCUUUCCAGCGCCAUCUGAGUGCAUAUAAACGACCCGAUGGACUACCGAAUUGCGCGCGCGUUAUUGUUGUCGACCCUGGGCUUUGCCGCACGCCCGGAACACGGCGCUGGCUUACGGGUGGUUCGUUGUGGGGUCUGUUGGUGUACCUCAUUACCUGGCCGUUCUGGUGGCUUGUUCUGAAGUCACCGCAGCAGGGCGCACAGAGUAUCUUGUAUGCGGCUAUGGAGGAGAGCUAUGGGCGUGGACAAGGCGGGUGGAUGAUCAAGGAGUGUCGACAGGUUGACUACGCGAGAAAGGAUGUGGCGGAUGAGGAUGUUGGGAAGAGGCUUUGGGAGUUUAGUGAGAAGCAGAUUGAGGAGGCAGAGAAGGCUGGGGCUGUGAAGCGGGCGUUGGAGAAGAAGGAAAAGGAGGCAGAGGAGGAGAAGAAGGAGAGGAAAGAGAAGAGUUCGGAAAAGGCGCCGAGUGCUGGGUCAAGAAGGAGUAAGAAAAACAAGGCGUGA